AUGGAUAUGGGCGUUGAUCAAGAAUUAGAAUGUAAGAUAUGUCGUAGAGAGCUCCGAGUGCUUUUGCGUCAUGAAUUCCGUCUGGGUCACAAAGCAACGGAUACAGCUAGCAACAUAUGCAGCACGAUGGGCAAGGAUGUACUCUCCAUUCGUACAGCGCAACAUUGGUUCAGGAAUGACAAUUUAGAAUUCGGCGAUUUACCUCGGUCCGUAAGACCAAUAGAGGUGGAUAUGAAUGCUUUGAAGCAGCUCAUCGAAGAAGAUCCAAGACUGACUACAAGGUGUUUAAUAGGCCUAGGACAGUUCAAAGUUCCAAAUCCAUAA